GAUGGAUUGAAGAUGAAUGUCGCUUGCAAUUCUAAGAGUUUUUUAACGCGUUUUUUUACUACAAAUCCCUUUGCACUAUACAGAAUCAAUGGAUUUAGACUGGAAUCUUUCAAACUGACCACCGUAUUUCGAAAAGAAACAAGUUAUCAGCUCCAUACCAGAGCAAGGAAAAGACUAGAAAGAAUCCAUAAGAAGAAUGAAGAUGUUGUUGCCAGAUCACAAGAAGCGCUUAAAAAACUGAGAAGGAAAAAGCUAGAGGGUCUCUCCGAGAACAAAAUACCCGAAGAUAUUCAGCUAGGUGAAAGGUUGCUUAAUACUAGAUCUAUUCGCAGAUUACUCAGCAUAUACAAUGCUACCAAAGACAGCAAAGUGCUAAGUGUUAGUAAUCAAGUCAUAACCCUAAAGAGGAUAGCAGAACAAUGUGAAAAAUAUCAGGAUGAAAGAGUUCAGAUGUCCAAGAGGAUAUCCUAUCAAAAACUUGUGUGUGAGCUCAUCAACAAUGUGUCAGAUGUAUGCGAUCAGUGUACUUCAAGAGAACUUGUUGACAUCAUAGUGGCCCUUACAUGGUUGGAUAUGAAGCAUUUUUCAAUAUUUGGCCCAAUGGUUAGGGAAAUCCAUGUGCAUGGCUUUGAAAAGUUAAGUGCAGAGGAGAUUGGAUUACUGUGUUGGGCAUUAGGUGUAUUGGCAGACGAUAAUGCAUACAAAACGAUGGAAGAAAUUGGGAAACAACUCUAUCAGAGAGAGCUGGUUACAUUUUCAAACAUGGACCUUUGUCGCAUUGCCUGGUCUUUUAGUGAACUGUCUGUUCCUGCAGACACAUUGUUAAAAGAAAUCUGCAGUGAACUCUUAACAAGAGAUUUAAGUCUUUUUGAACCAAAAGCAAUUACACACAUGAGUUUGGCUUUUUCCAGAAUUGAUUCAUUGGCAGACCAUGUUAUGCAAGCUAUGGAAGAUGCUUUGUACUCAGUAAUAGAAACCAAGAAAUACCCAACAGAAGACCUCGUUUAUCUUACGGUUUCAUUUCUUAGAUGCAACAGAAUAAGCAGAAAGAUGUUCAGCAAGCUGGACAAAAUGCUUAUAUUUCGAAGAGAUUUUGAAGAAACGGUUUCAAAAGAACUACUAGAAGAGCUGUUGAUGUUGCUCAAAGAGAGCUCAUUUCAUAUGUCAGAGAUAAGGAAAGUUCUUGAAAAUGUUCUUUAUCCUAGCAAAUUAAAUUCAGUUUUUGAUGUGUUUUUUAGACCAAGAGCUUCUUGGAAAGCUAAAUUAUUCAAGCAGUAUUUGUUUAAAGAGUAUUAAUUAUGGUAACAAUUUAUAAUAACUCUGUUAUACUAUUAAAAACAAAUAUAUUAUGUUUACUAUGCAACCUAUAAAUGAAACUAAUCACGAGUUUUGGGUCCAAUGUUCUACUUACCUUCCCCUUCCUUGUAGCAAAAUAUUGUCCUAGGGUAGGGGGAGGGGAUAUGACAUGGGUAAUGCUUUUUGGUGUCAGCUCAAAGGAAUUCUUGGUGUGCAACCAUGACUUAAAUUUUUUUGUGAAACUAACAAUGAAACCACCUCUAUGUAGAGUGAUCUUACAAGAGAGGCUAAUGAGGACUGACUUUGUUAUUGUGAACCAACAUAGUGGCUAUGACUUAAUAUGCGUCCCAAGAGUGAAGACAUAGACUGACUGGCAGCAAUGUUAGAUGGUCAGGACUGAACCACAGAAUCCCUUUACUCCAGGGAAUUGAAUUCUUUUUAAUUAAUCUUUUUUUCCAUAUCCAAAAUGGCUACUGUCAUAUGAUUGCAUAAAACCUAAAUAGGAAAGCAGAAUGAUGGCAGAAUUGAGGAUUGAAUAAUAUAUACAGCUAUGAGAGAUGGAGUAUGGUAACCAGUAUUUUGCUUCCAGUUUAAUAAGUUUGUUCCCCUAAUUUUUGUUUCUACAAAUGCUGAUUUAAUAGUGGAGCACUAGCAAUGCAUAUCUCAUGCUUCACAGAAGAAAAAAACUAAAAAAUAUUUUUCUUGAAUUUAUUCUCUUUUGAUUUUAAUAUUACACCCUAAAUAGUUAUAAUAGUAUAUAGAUAAAGUAAAAAAACGUACCACAUUUGGUAUUCAAAAACAAGAAACACUCCUAAUAAAGUACUUUAACAAUACAUUUCACAUAAUCCUAUUUACUCCUAACUAUUGUACAUUUGCUAAUUUUGGUAACAAAUUGUAUAUUUUACAAGUACAAUACUAGGUUACUAAACUGACUAUCAGACUCUUACUUGGACUAGCCUUACCUUUCCUGGCUGAAUUAAG